GGUUUUAGACUUGCGCUCCGGAACCAAUGUUCGUAGCGUCUGCGGAAUCACUACGACAUAAUUCGUUGACGGACUGUACACAAACCAACGUAUGUGAGUGUGUGUGUGUGUGUGUGUUGUUUUCAGGAGCACCCUCAUGCUGAUUGGAAAGGCUUUUAGACUUGGUGGACGUGUCAGGUCUGGGGUUAUCAAACCGUUGGCCUGUCUUUUUACCGCUCCCAGCAACAUGGCCAAGAGCAAGUUUGAGUAUGUGCGCAACUUUGAAACCGAUGACACGUGUCUACGAAACUGCUACAUUGUUGUGAGACUGGACGGGCGCAACUUCCACAAGUUUGCAGAGCAGCACGAGUUUACAAAGCCCAAUGACAACAGAGCCUUGGGCCUGAUGAGCCGGAGUGCACGCUCUGUCAUGGAAGAACUCGAGGAUAUCGUCAUCGCUUACGGUCAAAGUGACGAGUUCAGCUUUGUUUUCAAGAGGACCUCCACCUGGUUUAAAAGGCGAGCCAGUAAGCUCAUGACCCAUGUGGCCUCCCAGUUCUCCUCUUCAUAUGUGUUUUACUGGAAGGAGUUUUUUGGGGAACAGCCCCUCUUGUACCCCCCAGGCUUUGAUGGACGUGUGGUCCUGUAUCCUAGCAACCACAACCUCAGAGACUACCUCAGCUGGAGGCAGGCAGAUUGUCACAUAAAUAAUUUGUACAACACAGUGUUUUGGACUUUAGUACAAAAGGGGGGACUCACCACAGCCCAGGCAGAGGAUCGCUUAAAGGGAACAUUAGCUGCAGACAAAAAUGAGAUCCUGUUCUCUGAGUUUGAUAUCAACUACAACACUGAACCUGCCCUCCACAGGAAAGGCACUACUCUCAUCUGGGAAAAGAGGGAUGAAACUGUCCUCAAACGCAUGAAGCUCCCCAACGAAGAGGAGAAGGACGUGGCCGUGACUCGCAGCAGGAGGAGGGUGCAGGCCCACCACUGUGACAUUAUCGGAGAGCAGUUCUGGGAGGACCACCCAGACGUCCUGGAGGACGACAACUGCUAACAACAGGAGAAAACCUCUGAACGGAGUCUGGCCAGCCAUACAAGCAGUGGGCAGACGAUAGAACAGCUUGUUGUUGACUGAUGGAGAGAAACAACAUGCCACCCAUGAAGCUUAGUACACUUGAAUACUUUGAAAGAGCUUUUUCUGAGACUGAAGCCUUUUGAUGAUUGACUUUGUACAAUGACUCUCUCCCAGGAACAACCUAUUUUUACUUUUACAUAUUAAACUUGUAUCAUAAUGUUCCCUAGGACGUGUUCUGCUUAAAUCAGUGAUGAUGCCUGUCAUGUUCAAAGGGAAGCAGAAGAUUUCAUAAGCUUUCAGCAGUUGGUGUUGAGGACAUAUACGCAGCAGUUUGAUACUGCCCCAGACAUCUUCCCAAUCCUAGUCUAGUGCAUGUAGCUUUGCGUAAGUUGCUUUACCAAAAAUAUAUUUGAUAUCAUGAAUAACA